AUGGAAUUCACGCAGCUCAUCUCGACCCAAGAGGUCGCGCGACACAACAAUCCCUCCGACUGCUGGAUCGUGAUUGACGACCAGGUGUGGGAUGUAACUGCUUUUGCCCCGGAACACCCUGGCGGCGCGAACCUGCUACUCAAAUAUGCCGGGCAAGAUGCUACGAAGGAAUACGCCGAGUUCCACGCUCCGUCGAUAGUCAAGGACAAUCUGGCUUUGGAGUGCUUUAAGGGCAAUCUGGAUCGAUCGACGAUAGAUGAGAAUUGGAAGCGGGAGCCUGUCGCGGCGAACAACACUCAAGCAGCACCAGAGAGCGAGAAGCCUGAACUACACAAUAUCAUCAACAGCUAUGACUUCGAAGAAGUCGCCGCCCGCACGGCCUCGAAAAAGGCCUUCGCCUUCUACUCCACCGCCGCCACGGACUGCUGGACGCGCGACAUGAACAACUCAAUGUACAAGCGCAUUUGGUUCCGGCCGCGUGUGAUGCGCGAUGUGGCUGAAGUCGACACGUCCGGGUCCAUGCUAGGCAUUCCUCUGCGGGUGCCGUUGUUUAUAUGCCCUACCGGCUUGGCUAAGAUGAUCAACCCCGAGGGCGAGAAGGCGCUCGCACGAGCGGCGAAAUCGACGGGCAUCCUCGAAGUCAUCUCCACCGUCUCCAGCCACCCGCACGCCGACAUCCUCCGCGAAGCACCCGACUACCCCUUCCUCUUCCAACUCUACGUCAACAAAGACCGCGCCAAAGCCGCCGAGCUAAUCCAGCACGCAACAGCGCUCGGCGUGCGCGCCAUCUUCCUCACCGUCGACGCCGCCGGCCGCGGCAAGCGCGAAUCCGACGAGCGCAUCAAAGUCGACGAGGUCGUCAUCAACCCGGUAACCGGCCAGCGCGCCGCAAACGACAAAAAGGGCGGCGGCCUCACGCGCACCAUGGGCAGCUACAUUGACCAGUCGAUGAGUUGGAAGGACAUCGCUUGGAUCCGCAGUCUGACUGACGUGCCGAUUGUGCUGAAGGGGAUUACGAAUGCCGAGGAUGCGAAGCUCGCGAUGCAGCAUAAGGUUGCGGGGAUUUUGGUGAGCAAUCACGGAGGCAGGAAUUUGGACUUCUCGCCGCCGGCGAUUCUGGUGCUGCUUGAGCUGCACAAGCGGUGUCCCGAGGUGUUUGAUGCGAUGGAGGUGUAUGUGGAUGGCGGCAUUAGGCGCGGAGGCGAUAUUUUGAAGGCGCUGUGUUUGGGGGCCAAGGCGGUGGGGGUUGGCAGGCCUUUCUUGUACGCUUUGAAUUAUGGGACUGAGGGGGCGGAGCAUUUGGUUGAGAUUCUGAAGGAUGAGAUGGAGAGCGUGAUGAAGCUGAUCGGGAUCAAGAGUCUGGACGAAGUACACCCGGGCCUGGUGAACACGUUCGACGUCGACCAUCUGGUUCCCUCGACGCCGGAUCAUCCGUAUGCAAAGUGGCGGCCGAAGGCGAGGAUAUAA